CGGUGGAGUCGAGAGGGCCGGGCUAAGGCGACCGCAGACAGAGGCAGGAAAUAUCUUUUGUGUGCGUGAGAGAGAAAGAAUUUGUGUAUUUAAGGACGUGUCCCUCCUUGCAUUGCUGCUUUGCUCUCCGCUCUCCAGUCGAACACGUUUUUGAUCUCCAACUCACUUCCCAACUUUACAAGCAUGCUCCACUUCCAGGCAGCACCGGGUCAGUUCGGCCCAGAGGUCCGGGAGCCGGGUCUCCGGGUGUGGAGGGUGGAGAAGAUGAAGGCGGUGGCGCUGGAUCCCUCGGAGGUGGGAGCUUUCUUCAACGGGGACUCGUAUCUGGUGCUGAAGAACCGCGGGGAAGAGGGGGCCGACCUCCACAUGUGGAUAGGUGAGAAGUCGUCCCGGGACGAGCAGGUGGCCUGUGCCAUGCUGGCUACGCAGCUGGACAACUUCUUGGGCGGCGACCCCAUUCAGCACCGGCAGGUCCAGGGCUUCGAGACGCCGGAGUUCAUGGAGCUCUUCCCCAGAGGGGUCAGCUACAAGGAGGGUGGUGUGGAGUCGGGCUUCAGGAAGACUCAGGGCGGCGGGACGGUGCACAGGUUGUAUCAGAUCAAAGGGAAGCGCAACAUCCGUGCCAAGGAGGUCGAGCUGUCAUGGAACAGCUUCAACAAGGGGGACUGCUUCAUCCUCGAUCUCGGACAGACCAUCGUGUCGUGGAUCGGAUCUCAGGCCAACAUCUUCGAGAAGCAGAAGGUGCGUGAGAUCGCCUCGUUGAUCCGUGACACGGACAGACACGGCAAAGCUUCUAUCGUGGACAUCUGCGAGGGGGAAGAGCCGGAGGAGAUGCUCAAGGUUUUGGGACAGAUGCCAGCGCUGGCAGAGAGCACGCCAGAAGAAGACAGCAAAGCAGACGCUUCCAACUCUGCCUCCCUCUACAAGGUGUCAGACGCGACGGGCUCCAUGUCCACGACCAAAGUGUCAGAGAAGAGCCCGUUUGCCAAGGAUCUGCUGGUUCGUGACGACUGCUUCAUUCUGGACAACGGCGCCAACGGAAAGAUCUUCGUCUGGAAAGGUAACGGAGCAAAUGCCGCCGAGAAGAAUGCGGCCCUGCAGAUGGCAGACAGCUUCAUCGAGAAAAUGAAUUACCCCAGGAUGAAGACACAGGUGGAGAUUCUGCCACAGGGGAAGGAGACCAUCAUCUUCAAGCAGUUCUUCAAUAACUGGAACUGAACAUUUCACACGGGAGGAGCCCUGGACAAAUCCUGCACUGGAGCUGGAAGAGCAGCAGCUCGUUUUGUUUUUAUAUGCGUUUUACUUGUACAUAUUUGUAAGGUACCACGCUGACGCUGCAGCCGGCUUUGGACGUCGUAGAAUCAGAGAUGUGAUGCCACUUUUAUAAAAACCAAACACGUUUCUUGUUGUGAGCGUAUCAAAGACAUAAAGAGAAAUAUCAAAACUUAAA